AUGAGGAUCUUCGACAAGUUGCCGCCCAUGGAUCACCUUCGCUCCGAGAAGAUGAUCUUCGUUCAGCUCAUCAUGCCCGUCGAGUCCGCCCACAGGGCGAUUACAUACCUCGGGGAUCUCGGACUGCUCCAAUUCAAAGAUGUAAGAGAUUUUUGAAAAUGCACGAAUGCCGGGUUAAAUAUGCUGAACUGUUUUGAAUCGGACAUUCGUUUUCUUCCCUUUUUCUCGUCGAAUUCGUUGCGGCUGAACUUUCUUGCGUUCCUUAUUUUAAAUUCGUCGAGAUCUAUCACGUUAUCUAUUUUUAGAGAGCUAUGUUCACUCCGUCGACGUUACGAAAUUUAUUUUCAGGGAGCUGUAGAUCUCAUCAGUGACAAUUUUAGACAACGUGUGGUGAAAUAAGUAGGUCGAGGUUGUCCGUGGAUAACUAGUUUUACCUGAAUUCCUUCAGAGUUGGUAAUAACUUAGAAUGAAAGGCAUGCGCAUAUUUUCAAUUGUAAGUUCCGAAGGCAAAUUUUCUGACUCAUUAGGCAUCGUAGAACCUACUUGACAGUUCUUUAACUAAUAAAAUAGAUACAUGGGCAAUAAUUUUAAAAUUAAAUUAUAAUUAAAGGAGAUAAAUAUUGGUCAUUCACUGUGAUGGUGUUUCUCUUUGGCCAAUCAACCGGUCAAAAUGAUAACUAUCAACCAAUGAGCCUGAUCAGCUGUCAUUGAAAUGGCAGCAGAACCAUGCCCCUGGUUCAUUUUUUUCUGCCUUUUCGAUUGAUUACCAGAUCUAUACACAGAGACAAGUUAUUUCUCUGAAAUCAUUGUGGAUCAUGUGCAAUGUAAACAGAACCAUGCGUAUCAUUCAUUUAUUAGCACUGUCAAGUAGUUAUAUUUCUUGUUGCUGUUAUAUUUUCACGCAUAUGGGCAUCUACUGGAAUAAUGUUUUAUAAAAAAUAUAUAACUGAUGCCUUUUCAUCUGAGUCUCUUGUCAAAGUUUAUCUCUGUCAUAGACACCAUAGAUUCCACCUCUCCAUAGUAAAUGGAUUUCUGCACAUUUUGGGGAUUUUUCAGUUUUUUGAAUGAAUUACAUCUUCUGUUGGUCUCAUACUACCGUUCACAUGAAUACUUUUUCUUCACCUUGGUAUAAACUUUUUCAUAUUGUUUAUGGGAUUUUGUCUUAUUCAUUGAAUUCUUGGUAAAUUCUCAAAAUUCUAUUGUAUUUUUCAUUUUUUACAGUUAAAUAAAGACAAGAGCCCUUUUCAACGAACGUUUGCUAACCAGGUAUUUACCAUCUUGAGUAGCAUGUACUUUGAGGCUUUUGUUGGGCUUCCUUCACUUAAUUAUUAAUGAUCUCAUGCUCAGCAGAUGAUUUAACAGGCGAUGGAAAAAACCUCCUGCCACUGAAGAGAUAUAAAAAAACAUUCCACCAUUUGUGCACACAUUUCAUAAUAUGUUACUUUUAGCAGUCUUUUUUGGUAGAAAGUUUUCUAGACGAAUCUUUUAGGAAUUCUUAUGAGAAAACUCAUGAGAAAAACCAGACUUCCUACAGAAAUUGUGCGUCUCGUUGUUUCUUGUCCUUCGUCGUAGGCAAGGGGCUGGUAGUUUCUCCACUACUAAUGUUUUCUAGACGCUCAGGUUUAUUUCAAUGGGCAUGCUGUUUGUGGUGCUUUCUCGACAGGGUACUUAAAGGUGGUCUUUGAGGCGUUUAAGAGAUCCUAGCUCUGUUUUCAGCUGGAAAGCACAUGCCUUAGGGGAAAACUCACAUGUAUUCCCAUUAAUUUGAUGGCCAAAUCUUUACGUUUUUCCACUUGUUAGGACAUGGAGAGAUGGGAUCAGGGUUUGCCAUCAUUGCCAGUAUAUUCAUUUGUUAGAGGACAGUGUUCAACCAGGGGUCCCAACUAAUGGCUCUCAGCAUGAAUGGUUUUGCCUGCAGUGUGAUCCAAUAAGUGGAAAAAGCGGUCAACCAGUAUGAUUGGUACAAACGAAAGAUCCAACUGAGCAUUCGCAGGUCUUAUAUGCUACUCAUGUUGACAAGCAUAUUAUUUAUGAUAAACUAAAACAAUUUAAGGUUUUUGUAGUUCAUAGCGGUCCAGCUUGUUUCUCCUCCAUUACUCAUUGUUAUACACUCUUGUAGACAAUCUCCACUCUGCCACCACUGGCUUCUCAGGGCAUGCAUUCUGGUUGCAUUGUCAACUAUGGCAGGACAAACAUCUGAAGUGAAUGUGCCUUCCAGUUGAUGAGAUGUGGGACCUAUUUUUGCGUCAAUGGAAUUUACUUUGGUCGCAUGAACCAAUUAGUAUUUGCGUCCUCCUAACUUCUUGAUCACAUGGCAUGGAGAAAAUUCUCCACUUAUCAGGAGCUUCUGAUGGGCCAUUAAAUGUGCAUUAGAACGUCCUCAAGCAGAUGAGAUCUCAAUAGAAAAUUCUAUUUCCAUUUCCUUAGGGACGGAUUUUCACAUCUAGGUGCUCUGAAGUUACAUUCAUCGUAUAUCAACAAAUGCAAUUUUACAUCGGUGAGAUAAUAUUUCUCAGUUGUUGGUUGCUUAAGCGUAUGGGCUCCAUUAAGUGCUUGCAUGUCCUUUUUAAUGAUUUCAUAGGUUAGACAAUUUAUAGUCAGAGAAGAUUUUGGAUCGCAAUAAACCCAGUUCAAUUAUUUGCAGUUCAUUACUGGACAAUCGUGAGAUAGAAAUUUCUUUUCGGAAUAUUUUGUAUUGAUUCUUGUUUUUUUAUUAAUACUGGUUAAUUCUUUAUUUUGGCAUUAAUCCUGAGACUAUGUGUGCAGAGAUUCGAUCUACAUAGAGCAUGAAAGGAAACUUGCAAUGCUCAGUGUUUUUACUUCAAAGCUUAGGGCACUUCUUCCUCUUUCUGUACUACUUUAUUGAUCCCUUGUGCAUAAAACUUUAUCAGAUGGCUUUUCUAUUGAAACCUUUGCCCACAGGCCCUAUGUUUUAUUGCUACUAGUUUUACAUACAUGUUGACUCAUCUUUAAAGCUAUUAAAAGCCUCACUAAUCUUUUUCCUUGAUCAAGGAAUUCGUCUUCAUGAUGUAUUUUUUUUAAAGUGUUUCUUGGGGCACAUUCCACAGGUUAAGCGAUGUGGGGAGAUGUCAAGGAAGCUAAUUUUUUUUAAGGAUCAAAUCAGCAAGGCCGGUCUUCUUUCCACUCCUCGUCCUGCAUUGCGAUCUGAUGUUGACUUGGAGGAGCUGGAGGUAAUUAUUAAUAUCUAGAUCUCCCUCUAAUGGCAUAAUAAUGUGACAAUGAAACCAGUAAUUGAGUAAAGUUGUCCAUUUUUUCUGUGUUCUAGGUACAACUGGCUGAUCACGAGAGUGAACUUCUUGAGAUGAAUGCAAACAGUGAGAAACUGCGUCAAUCGUACAAUGAGCUCUUCGAAUUCAAGUUAGUUCUACUGAAGGUAUAUUCUCUUAUAUUUGCUGUGACCUUCCUUCAACGAUUAUAAUUGCUUGCAGAAUAUGUAUCUUGAAUGAUUUAUAUUUUCAUUUUUGGUGGUAUACAAACAUUGUGAUUUAGGCACAGUAUUUAGGUGCUCCUUUGGUGCGUACAUGUCACUUCGAAUACUUUGUCUUGCCAUUGUGAUCAUUUGAAACACAUUUUUGAAGACAGCCUUCCUUCAGGAGUUGAAAUCUCCCCCUAAACAUAAAAUUUUAUUUGUUUCUGAAAUUCAUUGUGAGAGUGUGCAUAUCCUUUCUCUAGUUCUUCUGAAAUCCAUCUCUCACAGAAAUCAUGCAGAGGUUUCCCUGUUGCUUUUUUUACUGGUUCUUCUUUUAUGUCAUAUUAUCAUUUGCAGGGAAUCUUCCAUUACUGGUUCUGUUGCCUUCUCAUAUGUUUGAUUCCAGGCAGGUGGCUUCCUUGUUUCAGCACAAAAUCAAACGUCAACUCAUGAGAGAGAGAUGGAGGAAAAUUUAUACACUGCGGAGGAUUAUGGAGACAGAGCGUCUCUGCUUGAACAGGUGAUUAAACAUUUUCGUUGUGUCUAGAUGUUAAGGAUUUGUAUGCCAUUGUUCUUAAUAACGCAUCCUUCAGGAAAUGCAACCUGAGCCUUCAAGCAAAGCUGGCUUGCGGUUUAUUAGCGGAAUAAUCUGCAAGUCCAAGUCUUUAAAAUUCGAACGAAUGCUUUUUCGAGCUACGAGAGGCAAUAUGUUUUUCCAUCAGGCACCAGCUGAGGAACAUGUCAUGGAUCCAGUGACAGGAGAAAUGGUAUGUUGCCUUUUCCUAUAUUUUCAUGCUUGUCAUUUUGUUGAAAACAAAUAAAGUGCUUAAAGUAUGAUGGAGUUGUGUUGGAGCUAUCAUGAUCAAGAGGUGGAAAUGGUAUUUAUAGGAAUAUAAAGAUAUAGUCUUCAUGUUUCAUGGUCAACACCAAGAUCAAGAGGUGAAAAACACAAGAUAGUCAACAGUAUUUAUAGGAAUAUAAAGAUACAGUCUUCAUGUCAAAUACUGAGAUUGUGGUAACUUAUCAUACCAGACCAUCUAAUACAUCAAUUUUCUUUUCUGUACCAUAGGUUGAAAAAACAGUCUUUGUGGUGUACUUUUCUGGGGAACAAGCAAAAUCUAAGAUAGUCAAAAUAUGUGCUGCGUUUGGUGCCAAUUGCUACCCUGUUCCAGAGGAUAUUAGUAAACAGAGGCAAAUGACAAGCGAGGUAAACGAUCUCAUCUAUGCACUGGUACUAUGUCAUCGAUUGACACCUUUUACCGCAUUUGUAUGGCACAAUGGAUACCUUACACUGAAGUUGGAGUGUUGACUAUCUUGUGUUUUUCAUCUUAAAGAUGGAGAAACGAAUCUUGUUCUUCUUCGUUUUGUUUGUGUGAAAAAGAGAGAGUUUAAGUGCCGCUACAUUCAAGAUCGUUGUAAUGGUUCUGAAGUGGCAUUAUUUUAAAAAUAGAUUUCGUUUCAGUCGAUAGGCAAAUGUGUUCCUCCAAUGGUGCUCAGUAUUUCUUUUUUGACUUAGUAGAUUCUUGUGAGUAUCAACUUGAAUCUAUAAAUGUGGUUUCGAGUUCUGUUUAUCACAACUCACGCCAUUUAUAUAUGUUGAACUUAUCAGUCAAUGAAAAGGAGCUUUAUAUUUAUGUUUAAUUACUCACCUUUCAGAAAAGAAGUCUGAUAUUCUUCUAUGUGCCGAUGUUUUGAUGGUGGGCUGACUAUCAAAAAAUGUAAUGGUACAAAAUAAAGGAUUAGAGAUUACUUGUGGGUCUUUUAUUUCUUUGGUCAACAACUGUAAUAAUACUGUUUUCGGAAAACUUAAAAGCAAAAUAUUCAACAUUACCUAAUUUGGUUUAGAAUAAACAUUUAUACUAAGAGGUUAAUUUCCCGCAUUGGAAUUUUUAGCCACAUUUAGUAGUGUAUCAUAUCCGUCUUCAUUGAACCAAUUGGUGGUUUGAUUCAUAUUCUAUUUUCAAUAGCGGUUUUCUUGUUCAACAUCUUUGAAGUUUGUUUUGUCUCAUGCACUUCAGUUGUCCUUUUCUAUGAUUGCAUGUUUGGCUAUUAGUGGUUGCACAACUCAUAUUCUCAGCAUUUUCUGAUUGAUUCGAUUUCAGGUAUUAACACGGCUUUCUGAGUUGGAGGCUACUCUUGAUGCUGGAAUUCGUCACAGAAAUAAGGGUCUUUCUUCCAUUGGUUCGCACUUGUCAAAAUGGACUCUUUUAGUAAGUAAAUACUUUAAAUCUCUAUUCUUAUCUCUCUCUCAAAAUUGAUUAUUGUCUAACUAUUGUCAGCGUGCCAGAGAAGCGCCUGAACUGAUGAAUUUAUAGGGUGUUUCUUUUCCUUUUGCCUAAAACGUUUCUUUCAUGGAUUCUCCAGGUCAGAAAAGAGAAAGCCGUGUACGAUACAUUAAAUAUGCUAAAUUUUGAUGUGACUAAAAAAUGCCUAGUUGGAGAAGGAUGGUGUCCUAUCUUUGCCAAGCCUCAGGUAUUGUUCUGGGAAGUAUGGCUCUUUUAGAUUUGAAUGGGCUCACCUAUGCAUGAUUGGAAUUGACAUGCCUAGAGUGUAUGACAGAUUCAGGAGGCAUUACAACAUGCAACGAUAGAUAGCAAUUCACAAGUUGGAAUCAUAUUUCAUGUGAUGAAUGCUGUGGAAUCACCUCCAACAUAUUUCAAAACCAACAGAUUUACUCACGCAUUCCAGGAAAUUGUGGACGCUUACGGGUUUGUCUUUAUCUUUUGCUACAAUAGAAUCUAAAGAUCAUUUAAUUUCAUCCUGGUUGAAUUAAAAACCGAAGCUAGAGAUUGUGGCAUGCUGUCUGAGGUGUAUGUUACCAAAAUCGGAGGCAUAAAUGUUAAUAAUUUUUAAUCAUUUCGUGAGUAUCUCAUCUGAAGCAUAAGAUUGUCACCAUUGCCAGCAUCGUCAUCCUCCUCCUCUGGGACGCAGAACCCAUCUCUCUUCUCCUUUAACAGACUUGUCGUCAUCAUUCAUAAUUUCAGUUUUUUGAAGCGACCAAGGAUCCCUAAGUGUCUGCUCCUACCUUCUACUUCGUGAAUUUUUGUUCUUUUAUCAUUCUAGACAGAAUCAUAACAUCACUAUUGGAAUGUGUUUUGAGAAAAGACGUUUGAAAAUUCUCAUGUUGCCUUUGGAUACGUAUUGUUCCUUUCUCGGAUAUUUGUGAAAUAACGAAACAAUCUCAUCAAGAGUACUGGCAUCAAUCUUAUCUCGCAGUGUUGCAAGAUAUCAGGAAGCAAAUCCUGGGGUCUACACGGUCAUCACAUUUCCUUUUCUCUUUGCUGUGAUGUUUGGUGAUUGGGGCCACGGCAUUUGCUUGUUAUUGGGAUCACUGGUGCUUAUACUGCGAGAGAAUAGACUUGGAUCUCAGGUAUAUUUCUUCUGCUCUCACCCUUCCAGUCUUUCUUUCCUGUCAGGGUCCCAGCACUGGCGAAUCAAUUGAUCCUUUGUAUUAAUCUAUGCUCAAUCAGCUUCCAAAGCCUAACAUCAUCUUGGUCUGUGUGCUAAUUUAGAGAAAUUAAUUUGGAGGACCAGUAUACUUUCCAGUAUGAUUUAUACUAUAUAGCUCUGUGAUGUCUACAAGGCCACGACAAUUCAAAUUUAGAGGGGAUUACUCUAUUAUGCCUCAUCCUAUUUCUGAUUCAUCUUGUUCCAUUAUAGUCCUUAGACUAUCUGGAGUCAUAUCAGUCGAUUGUCUAUCAUCAACAGACUCGAUGACCAGUUUUUCUCAUUUGUUCAGAGUUCCUUUUGGCACAUGUUCACUAUAUUGUAGCUGCCGCUAUAUCUUUAUGAUUCCUUCUAUCUUGCCUUGAUUGCUCUGACCGCCAUCAAUUUCAAAGAAGCUUACUGUAUUAUCGUCCUUUUUUCUAAAAGAAAUAUCUAUCCCCUCGUGGGUUGACUGCAGCAAAUACCUUUUUUUUUUCUGAAACACUGCUGAAAAUUCGAUUUUUGUCUGAUAUAAAAUGCUGACAUAUUUCAUCCAACCCCCGGUUGGUGCCAUUAGGCUGCUGUACCGGUCUAGUUGCUGUAUAAUAGAAUACUUGAAACAAACGACAGUUGUGUGAAGGAUGGACAUCUUCUGCCACUGGUAUUAAGCUAGAGAUGGAGUUUCGGGUGCUCAAUUUCAGCCAACUCCUUUGAUCGUUGACUUUCUUUUUCCGCACCCUUUAGAAGCAUUAUCUCUAUCACUAGAUAUGUUCGUAGUGGCCUUUUGAGAAAGACUUUCUUCUCUGCUUUGCUGACGGCGUGCUGUAUUUCUCACAGAGGCUUGGGAGCUUCAUGGAGAUGGCUUUUGGAGGGCGUUAUGUGCUUCUGUUGAUGUCACUGUUUUCCAUUUACUGUGGCUUGAUAUACAACGAAUUUUUCUCUCGUUCUUUUCAAAUAUUUGGCUCUUCCGCCUAUAAAUGUCGCGAACCCAAUCUCAGGUAAAGAAUUCACUAGCUAAUAUCAGCAAAUUUAUAUAGAUAUUUACGGUCAUUCAUACAUGCAUCUGACGCCAUGGUUUAUCAACUUUUUUUCUUCCAUUGGUAUCAUAAUCUGUUGGAUCCGCUCACGUGUAGUGGACAUUUCUUUUUUUGCUUUAUUUCCUUUAUUUUAUUUAUGCCUUCGAUUUCCACUCUCUCCCAGAAAAAAAGAAGUAAAAAAAAAACUCAUCCUGUUCUUCAUUUAGUGUGGGAGAUGGAAUUCACCAUGUCUGCAUGGAGUAGCCUCCACUUGAUUCCGGUAUCUCUGUGCAGUGAAGUCAAAGUUGACCAAAUUAGAAUGUCUGUGGGUCAGAGUUGACUAAAUUAAUAGUAAUUAUAUUCAGAGGCAAUGAUGAUUAACGAACUGGUGCCAGCUUCUUCUCAUUCCUCAUUAUUUUCCCAUCAAUGGGUUUGGUCUGUGUUAAUUUCUUUCAAGUCCCUGGUACUUCAAAAUUGGAAGCGAUUUCUAUUUUUUUAUUGUUUAUCUGAAUUAUGUUUGAUGUCCUCUGAUCAGUACUCAUUGCACCGCCGGCCUAAUAAAGUACCGAGAACCAUAUCGGUUCGGUGUGGACCCCCGCUGGCGGGGGAGCCGUACUGAGCUGCCCUUCCUGAACUCCCUCAAGAUGAAGAUGUCCAUCUUGUUUGGCGUGACCCAGAUGAACCUGGGCAUCAUCUUGAGUUUCUUCAAUGCAAAGUUCUUUGGGACCUCCCUUGAUAUCUGGUACGUUUCAUCCCGCCUUAAUGUUUUCUUACCCCCCCAGGAAGAGGGAGAGAGAGAGAGAGAGAGAGAGAGAGAGAAUUUGAUUACGAGGGCUAUUUGGCCUUUUUACAUCUGAGUAUAUUUUGGUUAUUAAUUAAGUAAAUAUAACGAGUGGUAGUUUUCAAGGGCCUAGAAGUAGAAUCGAAAAAUAAAGGAGCAUAUCAAUAACUUAGUUUGUCUGUGGGGGGUGGAACCAAAUAACCCUACUGUCCAUGGACAGUUUACUUCUCGAAAAGAACUCACCACCAUGAAUCAUCGGCGUUCAGGUACCAGUUCACUCCGCAGAUCAUCUUCCUCAACAGCCUCUUCGGUUAUCUUGCACUGCUCAUCGUGGUCAAGUGGUGCUCCGGCUCGCAGGCCGAUUUGUACCACGUGAUGAUCUACAUGUUCCUCAGCCCCACCGAUGAUCUCAAAGAAAACCAGCUGUUCUGGGGCCAGAGGACACUUCAGGUAUCAUCAUCAUGUCCGCUGUCUGGUUAUUUUUUCCAUUUUUGUGACUAUCUUUCCCAGAAAUCUAACACACAAUCUGAUUAGUAUCAGCCAAUUGUGUGGCAAUGGAACGAACGUAGAAUUGAAAGAAAUGUAUGUUGUAUUUUGAAUUAUAAUGUUUUCCAUUUAUCUGAAUUACAGAAUUAAACGUAUGUUUAACCUCUAGUGAUUGUAAAAAUAAACUUGAAAAGGAUAAAAUGUUGUGCCUAGUGUGACCACCGGAUUCCUGUUUCAGAUUUUGCUGUUGCUCGUGGCAAUCAUAGCCAUUCCUUGGAUGCUCUUUCCUAAGCCGUUCAUUCUGAGGAAGCUCAAUACCGAGGUAAAGUUUUAUAUCGUCUUCUUUCUUUCUCUUUCUCUCUCUAACUCUCUCUCUCUCUCUCUCUCUCUCUUUGUCUCUGUUCUUGCAGCGGUUCCAGGGGCGCACUUAUGGGAUCCUUGUGACCUCCGAGAUCGAUCUCGACUCGGAGCCAGAUUCCGCGAGGCCUCACGUUGAGGACUUCAACUUCAGCGAGGUAUUCGUCCAUCAGAUGAUCCACUCCAUCGAGUUCAUACUGGGCGCAGUAUCCAACACGGCAUCGUAUCUCCGUCUUUGGGCCUUGAGGUAUCUCUCCCCUCCUCUCUGUCUCUCUGUCUCUCUCUCUCUCUCACACACAAACUCACUCACCUCUCUCUAUCUCUGGUGCCCAGCUUGGCUCACUCCGAGCUGUCAACGGUCUUCUUCGAGAAGGUCCUCCUCCUCGCAUGGGGGUAAGUUCCUCCGCCCUCUGACUUUCUUGCAGGCGGCCUAUCAGUGCCUUUCCGUUGUGUGCUUGAAAGAAAACCUUCUCUGAUCUUAUCCUGUGCCGGCAGGUACGAUAACGCCAUCAUCCGGCUGUUGGGGCUGGCGGUGUUCGCCUUCGCCACCACCUUCGUCCUCCUCAUGAUGGAAACCCUCAGCGCCCUCCUCCACUCCCUCCGCCUACACUGGGUCGAGUUCCAGGGCAAGUUCUACUACGGCGACGGCUACAAGUUCAGGCCCUUCUCCUUCGCCGCCGCCUUGGCUGACGUGGACGAUGACUGA